AUGCCCAACAGCAGCUCUGUGAAUGAGUUCCUCCUGCUGGCAUUUGCAGACACAAGGGAGCUGCAGCUCCUGCACUUCGGGCUCCUCCUGGGCAUCUACCUGGCUGCCCUCCUGGGCAACGGCCUCAUUCUCACUGCUGUAGCCUGUGACCGCCACCUCCAUACACCCAUGUACUUCUUCCUCCUCAACCUCGCCCUCCUUGACCUCGGAUCCAUCUCCACCACUCUCCCCAAAUCCAUGGCCAAUGCCCUCUGGGACACCAGGGCCAUCUCCUAUCAAGGAUGUGCUGCACAACUCUUUCUCUUUGCCUUCUUGACUGGUGUGGAGUUUGCUAACCUCACCAUCAUGGCUUACGACCACUACAUUGCCAUCUGCAAGCCUCUGCACUACAGGAGCCUCCUGGGCAGAAGAGCUUGUGUCAAGAUGGCAGCAGCUGCCUGGGGCAGUGGCUUUCUCAAUGCUGUCCUGCACACAGCCAUCACAUUUUCCCUGCCCCUCUGCCAAGGCAAUGCUGUGAACCAGUUCUUCUGUGAGAUCCCCCAGAUCCUCAAGCUCUCCUGUUCAGAUGCCUACCUCAGGGAAGUUGGGGCACUUGUGUUUACGGUUACUCUUUUAUUUGGUUGUUUUGUUUUCAUUGUGUUGUCGUAUGUGCAGAUCUUCAGGGUGGUGCUGAGGAUGCCCUCUGAGCAGGGCCGGGAAAAAGCCUUUUCGACCUGCCUCCCUCACUUGUCUGUGGUCUCCCUGUUUGUCAGCACUGGCACGUUUGCCUACCUGAAGCCCCCCUCCAUCUCCUCCCCAUCCCUGGACCUCGUGGUGUCAUUUCUAUACUCGGUGGUGCCUCCAGCAGUGAACCCCCUCAUAUACAGCAUGAGGAACCAGGAACUGAAGGAUACCUUAAGGAAAUUAUUUACAUACAUGCUUCUUAAGCAUCAGUAA